AGGCCACUCACAGCUUGGUAUCUAUCCUAGCAGCCGAUCGGCCAGCCUGGAGAGCCGUGGCUGUGCUCUGAGCAGGGUGAGGACAGAGGGCUGUCCUCCAUGUUUUAAUAAGCAUUGACAUAAAACACAGAGUUUUUUAGCCAUGCAUCCACAGAGUUUGGCUGAGGAGGAGGUGAAGACUGAGUCGGAUGCAGUAGAGGGGAUGGAGAUAUCUACACGAUCCAAAGUUUCAGACCCUGGGUCAGUGGAGCGGGCGGCCCAGAAACGCAAGGUGCCCAGCCCCCCUCACUCGUCUAAUGGUCACUCCCCGGCUGAAACCUCCCCCAGUCCGGUCAAAAAGAAGAAGAAACCAGGAGCGGUCAGCAGCAGUAAAGACCAGUCAGAACUAAGACAUGGUCCUUUUUACUAUGUGAAGCAGCCAGCACUCACCACAGACCCUGUUGAUGUUGUGCCGCAGGACGGCAGGAAUGACUUCUACUGCUGGCUGUGCCACCGCGAGGGCCAGGUGCUCUGCUGUGAGCUCUGCCCGAGGGUGUACCACGCCAAGUGCCUAAAACUACCCGCAGAGCCCGAGGGUGACUGGUUCUGCCCUGAAUGUGAGGUACUCGCUUGUGGGUGGGACCGAAAACCAGUUGUCUACCAGGAAGACAACUUUAGAACCUUAAAAUGCAUGGGAGGCUGGGGCUUGAGGCUGGACCAUGAUGACAGACAUCCCUAUUUUAUGGAAUUUACAGAGUUGAGAAAAAUCUUGGAGUUACAAGAAAUUCUGACCAUGUUGGUAUAAGAUGUGGUCAAGGUAGUAAAAUGAGGCUUGAUACUGGGAAUAUCCUUUGAAAUGGGAAUAUACAUUUGAAGCUAAAAUCGUGCUAACAAAAGAUUAUUUCUUUUCUUUCAGAAAAUAACAGUUGCAGAGUGCAUAGAGACUCAGAGUAAAGCAAUGACGAUGCUAACAAUAGACCAGCUAUCUUACCUGCUAAAGUUUUCACUCCAGAAGAUGAAACAGCCAGGUGUAAGUUCACUGACCUCCCUCCUCCAACUGACUGAUCAAUAACAUUCUAAUACUUAUUUCUACCUUUUCUAACUGUUGUUAUUGACUAAUUGUUUUGACAGUAGAUAUUGAACUGUUGAAGAAUAGAGAGAUCAGCAUUAGUAAAAUUCAUAUACACUGAGUGUACAAAACUUUCAAUUGCAGACUGAGCAGGUAAAUCCAGGUGAAAGUUAUGAUCCCUUAUUGAUGUCACCUGUUAAAUAAUAUCCACUUCAGCUUAAAUGAAGGGGAGGAGACAGGUUAAAGAAGGAUUUUUAAGCCUUGAGACAACUGACACAUGGAUUUUGUAUGUGUGCCAUUGAGGGUGAAUUGCCAAGACAAAAGAUUGAAGUGCUUUUGAACAGGGUAUUGUAGUUGGUGCCAGGCACACCAGUUUGAGUGUGACAUGAACUGCAUCUCUCCUGGGUUUUUCACGCUCAACACAUUCCCGUGUUUAUAAAAAAUUGUCCACCACCCAAAGGACAUCCAGCCAACUUGACACAACUGUGGGAAGCAUUGAAGUGAACAUGGGCCAGCAUCCCUGUUGGACACUUUGACACCUUGUAGUCCAUGCCCCGAUGAAUUGAGGCUGUUCUGAGGGCAAAGAGGCAUGCAACUCAAUAUUAGGAAUGUGUUCCUAAUGUUUUGUACACUCAGUGUAAUUCCAAUGUGAGUGAACAGAACUCUCUCACACACACACAAUAGAAUGGUUGUGUGCUUGUUUAUAUGGUCUGAUUUUAAGACUGCUCAAUGAUUUCUCCUGAUUUUGUGUUCCAUCAGUGAGGUCCAUUGCCUCUUCCCCAAUACACUGUGAACUUAUUCACUAUACUCAAAGUCUGAAGUAUCCUUUGUUGUUCUGGUUACAAAAUGGUAAGCCAUAAGUAAGUGUGUUCUAACAACACUAAACCACCCAAGCCUGUUUUUAGCCAGUCCUCUCCUCUACAAUGACAUAAAGGGCAAAGGUACCAUUGAACCAAGGGUCCAUUUUGGAAAGCGGUGUUGUGGUGAGGAUACAGUUGCCCCUCUUACUCUUUUUCAGGACCAACCACGCUCGUCAUCUCACUCCCCCCAUGCAGGCGCCACGCAGAGAAAGGCUUUUAAUUGGGUAAUCAAACACACAAAAAAAGACCUAAUCAUAUUUCCCCCGUUAUUUUCCUCCUGUUUGGAGUGUUUUUGUGUCUGUUUUUAGUUGCUGUUGUCUGUCCUGGGGUGGUAGAGUGUUUGUAGGGGUUGUGGUGGUGGAGGUCAUGCAAUGAAGGCUUAAUCCUAAAUUGAGAUGCAAUUGAAAUCUUAAAUCCUAAAUUAAUUGCAAUUAUAUAUUUACAUUAAAGUUUUAGCUAUGAGUGUGUCUCAAGUUAGGAUUUGGUCUAAGUGUGGCCUAUUUGGAAUUUGAAUAUGAAGGUUAAUUCACUGUGCAUGUCUUUUUUGUCUCUUCUCCAGACUGAACCCUUCCAGAAGCCAGUAUCUCUGGAACAGCAUCCAGACUACGCAGAGUAUAUAUUUCACGCCAUGGAUCUCGGUACAUUGGAGAAG